AAAAGAAGUAAUUAUUAAUAAGAAAGUCUUCAAAAAGGGAAUAGUUGUACCGAAUCUAGAUUCAUUCCUUCUCGAAAAUAAUCUAAAUAUAACGUAAUACUAUCAAGUGCACAUGAGGUUGGUAAAGAAAAAGUACUUAAAGGUUAAUUUAUAUAGAAUGAAAAUGAUUAUUCAAUCGCUUAAUUGUAUAAGAAGCAUGUUUUAUAGAUAAACACGCAUAAAAAUAAGCUAAAAUUUUGCUAAAAUAAUAAAAAGAAAUUAUAAAAUAAUAUAUUUUUCUAAAAGGAGGAAGGAGGAAUGGAAAUAGAAUAAUAAAAAAUAAAUAAAAAAAUAAAAUAAUAAUAAAUUAAAUGCUGUUCAUAUAAAGUUUUAGACGCUCCGGGCCUUUAAGAUGAUUAUUAUUUGAAUUUAUUAGACUGGAGUAGUAAAAAUAUACUAGCAGUAGCCUUAGGGAGCUAAGUUUAUAUAUGGAAUGGAUUUACAAAUUAAGCAUAACUUCGUAUAGCAUACAUUAUAAUUAGAAUCUAGUUUAAGGUCUAUAAUGGAAUGAAAGUGGAGACUUUUUGAGUAUAGGAGAUUCUUUAGGGAAAAUAUAGAUUUUUGAUGUAAAUAAUUCCUCAGAAAUACUCUCUUUUAGAAAUCAUAAUGAUAGAAUAGGGUCUGUGGCUUGGAAAGAUGAUAAUAUAAUAGCUACAGGUAGUAGAGAUAAAUAGAUUAUAUGUACAGAUAUUAGAAGUAGAUUCCCUUUUUAGACUUUUAAGGGACAUUAAUAGGAAAUAUGUGGAUUAAAAUGGUCUUUUGAUAAUUAAAUGCUAGCCAGUGGAGGAAAUGAUAAUAAACUAUUCGUUUGGAGCCUUAAAUCACAUAACUAUCUAUAUAAAUUCAACUAACAUAAAGCCGCAGUUAAGGCUAUAGCCUGGAAUCCACAUUAACACGGGGUUUUAGUAAGUGGAGGAGGUACUAUGGAUAAAAGUAUUAGGUUUUGGAAUACUUAAAUAGGAAAAUAAGUAGAUUAAAUAGAAACUAAUAGUUAAGUAUGUAACUUAGUGUUUUCUAAAAAUUAAAACGAGUUCGUAAGUACUCAUGGAUUCCAAGAUAAUGAAAUCAUAGUAUGGAAAUACCCCACUUUAUAAAAAAUAGCAUGUCUAACAGGACAUAGUUGUAGGGUUUUGUAGCUUGGAUUAAGUCCGUGUAGUACUAAAAUUGUUACAGGAGCAGGCGAUUAAACUUUGAGGUUUUGGGAUAUUUUCUAGGAAAAAAAUUAAGUUUAAUAAAACUUUAAAUAAUAUUAGUCUGUUUUAGAUAGUAAAUUUGAUUUAAGAUGA